AUGAAGGAGAACAACAAGAUCCUGCAACUAAUUUAUGUGGCGUGGCGCGAGCGCUGGUCGGACUCACAAUGGGGCAUCAACAUAAAAAAGGUUUUGCCUAGGGGUGUUAGUGGAGAUGUUUAUAACCUCGCCGACUGUUUGCUGCAACAGGCAGUCAUUGGUUCCACAGCUAAUCUGCUCGUUCUAAACUAUCUAAAACAUUCACUAUGCGCUCACUUGAUCUCUCAUGCUGCGGUACUGCGGUGCAUUGCCAAGUACGACAAACUAGAGCGUAUCUACUGCGUGACAGCACUGUUGGAGUUUCUAGCUCCGCUCAUCGAUGGCGUCACUUGUCGCUGCAAAUCUGAGCAGGGGUCGCUGCCCACCGCUGUAGUACAAUUGGUGCUGUGGCUUUUCCAAAUUUUCGGACGCACCGUUCAACAUUACGAACUAUAUGGAGUCAUCAGUGCGGAACAGUCCUAUAUGCUGGAUCAAGUGUGUGUGGUUAUUGAUCGUCUGUCAAAACAUCAAUUUCUGCUGGCCAUUCUCUAUGUUGGAUGUCACGAAGAGCUCGAGAGCUAUAGUAAGAUACGCGAAAAAUAUGCGACUAUCAAAGGCUCACUGGCCAAUUCGAACUUUACGCCGAGCUUGCCGACUACGGAGCAACAGCUGCAGCAACUCGCCUACAUCGAUGCUAAGCACCUGGAGCUACAGCCACUGAAUGACCUGCAAGGCGAACCAAUUUCGUAUUGUGUGCAGCCCCUGCUUGCUGUGGAGGUUCUGCUUAAUCCCGGCAAGGACACAUCCUACUAUGUUGCUGAGCUGCAGAUGCUACAGCGUCUGAAGCGCUAUUCAAACACACGGCUUUUCUACGAAAUAAUACGCGCUGGCUUCCUCACACUCAGCAACGUGGCCGACACUAGCCAUGAUACAAUGUGGGGCGCUUUCAUGUUUUUCAAGGUGCCUCACAUCAUUAAGCAACUGCAUACUUUGCAAAGAGUGCCAGGCGACCAGCCUCCGCCGGCUGACCACAUACCCGAGGUGGUGGAGGCGCUCAAUAUGCUCAUCGAGGACAACUUGCUGUUGGACUUUAUGGACACAAAAUGUUCGUGCAAUAUUAUGGAGUUUCUCCUUAACGAUUGGACCAAACAAUAUUUGGUUAACGAUGAACAGGUCAAGAAACUCGCUAGCCAACGAGAACCGUCUUCGCAGCUUUUAAAGAAAUAUGAAUCUGGCCAGCAGACGCCAUCGAACAUCAACUUUAUAAAGCGUGCUGAGGUGCCGCUCUCUGGAAUACUUAAGACUUUAUGCACCAACAAGGUGCAGGAAGCGCUCGUUAGUGUCUUGUGCCAAGUUUUGGUGGGCAACAGUUUCGAGCUCAUUCUAUCAGUGGCUACCGUCGAAGGUCGCCUCAAAACCUUUGUGUCUCGUCUGAUUCAGUGCAACGAAAAUUCCAAGCAAGUGCCUGGUGAGGUGGGAAAACUCUCAGUCAUUCGUUCCACACUCUUUGAUGUGUCCUUUCUGAUGUUAACCUCCAUUGUGCAGACCUAUGGCUCCGAUGUGGUGCUCUCGGAGCGUGGCGAUUCCUUUUUCGAGAAGUGGGUGCGCGAGUGCAUGGUGGAGCGCAAUAAGUUGAAGAAUCCCAAACGCAUCUUAGCACUCUGCGACGAGAGCAUUGUUGACGAGUUGCUUUUGAGUCUUAGCAAACCCGAAGCGGCUGCGGCGCAAUUGAGCAACAACAGUAAUCUUACAUGGCAAGAUAUUUGCUUGAAUUUGCCUGGAGUACUGCACCAUGUGCUCAUUGCAUGGGAGAAGGAGACCCUAUCCUCAGCCGAUGUUAAAAGCAUAUUAGAUAACAUAAAGCGGAGGCUGUUUUCCUUCUCAGUGUGUGCUACCUCAUUCCUGUGCGCCUACAUGUAUUCUGUAAGCGAGACGGAGCUUUUAAAGCCGCUGAACAUGAUACAGCAAUUUCUUGCGCCACCUACUAGCGAGGAUAUGUCCAGCCAGGAAAAUGUCAAGGAGCGCCUGGCGCUCUCCUUUCAAAUUAUACGGAAAAUGCAACAGGAUGUGCACCCUUCGCCAAACACAAAAUCUCGGUGUGUCGCCUCCACGCAUCAGGGCUUGAUCUCUCAAACGCCGCUUAUCGAGCAAUUCCGUGAUGUUUGGCGCACGGUGGUGGCCGAUGUCGGCUAUUUGCCAGUUCGUGCAGUGCAGACGCUGGAGUCGCUGUUGCUGGCAGGCGGACCAGCAUGGCUGGCUACCCAAUUGGUCGAGGAGCUGCUUCGCUGUAAAUAUAUGCGAGACAUGACCAAGAUCACGGAUAUUGUAUUUGCUGUGAUGCAUCUGGACAUUGAGCGCACCACCGAAGCACUGUUGCAGUAUGUGGUGGCGCCCUUAAUACUUAAACGUCAGGGAGAUGACAUAAACGAACCGCAAUCGCUGUUGUUAGCGCGUCUCUGUGUGUAUUGCAUCAUUUCCUGCCUGGAGACUCGCAGUGCUGUAAGUGGUGCAGCACUGAAGAAACGCUCGCGUUCCCACGACGAGGACGAUUUGUCCAAUACAGCGAAAGUGCGAAAGGUGAUUGGCGAAGGAUCAGAUAACUCGAGUGAUUUCACGGAAGGAAGUGUUGGAGUCUCUACACUCAUGGGCAACAAUAAUACUGGCAAUGCUGAUAUACGCACCGCACCGCUCACUCUCAAGGAACCGCUGCAGUCGAGCAUAGAACACAUAUUUCGGGUAUUUUUGCAGUUCGUCAGUGGUGACGAAUUGUUGCCAAAGACCACAUUUGUCUAUCAGUUCAUCUCGCUGCUGGUAGAGUGCGGAGAGGAGCGUGUGGUGUCUGUUUUGCGUCUGCUACCGCCCAAUCUGAUGCAGAAUCUCCUGAAGGUCAUGGCUACUGAUGACAUACGAGUGGGUCUCAUUAGUCGUCUUUAUGAAUUGCGUGUGCAUAGUGGUCGGCAGUUAGCGGUCUCCGAUCUCUGCCUCUGGCGCAACAUUCAGCUCAACCGGCAUAGCAUACACUUGUGAAUUAGAAUAGAAUUAGCAGCUUACACAAUUGCUAGUAGGGUUCAAAUAAAAAAUAUAUAUAUAUAUUAAA